AUGAAGCUUCCAGCUACCCUAACCGCUCUCUUAUUGGGCUCUGUUGCUAGAUGGAUUACGCCUAGUAUUUUCCAGCAAUUCCAAGGGCAUGACACUGUUGAUGAGUAUACACUAUGCAAGAACCAUCCGGAUCAAGCCAAAAGCAUAUUGCAAAAGCAUUGGCAAGAAUGGGCAACUCAAGAUGAUUUCCAGAAGAUCUAUAAUGCAGGCUUCAACGCUGUUCGGAUACCAAUUGGAUAUUGGGCGUUCAAAAAGUUUGACGGCGAUCCCUACGUUGAAGGUGCUGCCGAUUACCUUGAUCAAGCGAUCGGUUGGGCGAGGGCAACCAAAUUGAAAGUUGUGGUGGACUUGCAUGGUGCACCUGGAUCACAAAAUGGGUAUGAUAACUCUGGUCACAACGGAACUGUCGACUGGGGUGAUGGCAGUAACAUCGCGUAUACGCGAGCUGUCCUUCAGCUGAUCGCGAACAAGUACGCAAAGCAAGAGUAUCAGGACGUUGUCGUCGGCAUCGAACUUCUCAAUGAGCCUCUGCCGACAAAAAUCGAAGGUGGCACAGACCCGGUUGUGCAAUACUACAAGGAUACCUACGGGGUUGUUCGAUCAGUCAGCGACACACCCGCCGUCCUCCAUGACGCUUUCCAACCAGGCUCCUUCUGGCAUGAUAUCUUGACCCCUCCCGAUGGGCAAGGCGUUGUCAUUGAUCAUCACGAAUAUCAAGUCUUCAAUGACACUCAAGUUCUAUGGUCGCAUGAUGAACACGUUGGUUACGUUUGUUCUAACGCAGAUACCUACGUAUCGAAUGUGAACCAUUGGCAUAUCGUCGGUGAAUGGUCCGCUGCCAUGACUGAUUGUGCGGCUGCUCUGAACGGCUACGGCGUUGGCUCUCGUUAUGAAGGCAAUUAUAUCACGAGUCAAGGAUCUACGGGUAGAAGCUGCGGCAACAUAAAUUACAUCGACCAGUGGGACGAUCAGCUUAAAAAAGAUACGCAACGAUACAUCACGGCACAGCUUGAUGUUUACACUCAGCGAGCUAACGGCUAUUUCUUUUGGAAUUUCAAAACUGAAGGGUCUCCUGAGUGGGAUCUUUUUCGACUUCUAGGGGCUGGGGUUUUUCCUAAUUUACAAAAUUAUCAACCUUCCUCGGUCUGCUCAUGA